GUUCGAGUUCUUUGGAUCGCGCUUAAAACUUAAAUUGAAAGGACCAAACUGAGAUAAUCAAAAGAAACUACAAAAUCAAAAGAGUCCUAAAACCCUUUUGUGUGUGAAAAAUUACGCUUCAUAGUUAGUCUAUUCCAUAAAAGGAGUUUUUCAGAGUGAACCAAUUGAGUGUGGCCCGAAAAAGAGAACCGCAGAAAGUUUUCAACAGAAUUUAAUCAAAAACUUGGAGGGUAAAUUGUCCAAGUGGUUCACCUGUUGGCUGCAUUUUAAAUCAACGAGGCAAGCAAUCAGCGGAGAGGACAAGAGCUACAAGUCCCAGGUCAAGAUGUCGCAGCACUUCACAUCGAUAUUUGAGAACCUGCGUUUCGUGACCAUCAAGCGUUCGACAAAUGCGCAGCAGCAACAGCAACAGCAGCAGCAGCAACAACUGCAACAGCAGCAACUGCAGCAGCAGCAACUGCAACAGCAGCAAUUGCAACAGCAACAGAAGGCCACAUGUGUCGCACAGCAACAAAAUAGCAGACAAAUCAAAGCUCAAACAGCGCCCACGGUGAAUGGCAAUGGGCUCUUGAGCGGCAAUCCAGAAGGCGGUGGCGACUUCUCGCCGAGCCAUGAAGUGGACCAUCCCGGCGGAGCAGCAGGAGCAGGAGCAGGAGGAUUACCACCCGGGGCAGGGGCCGCCGCCUCUUCAAGUGGCACGCCAUUGAGGCACCCCAAACGCGCCAGCAUCUCCACAGCAUCGCCCCCGAUCCGCGAACGGCGUGGCACCAACACUAGCAUCGUGGUCGAGCUGGACGCAAGUGGCAGUGGCGGUGGGAGUGGCCAGGGGGCCGGAGGUCCUGCCUCGGGCAGCGGCACCGCCUCGGGAAAAAGUUCGCGGGAACUCUCACCUUCGCCCAAAAACCAACAGCAGCCCAGAAAAAUGUCACAGGAUUAUCGGUCGCGUGCCGGCAGCUUCAUGCACCUGGACGACGAGGGACGCAGUUUGCUGAUGCGCAAGCCGAUGAGACUAAAGAACAUCGAGGGCAGGCCGGAGGUCUACGACACGCUGCACUGCAAGGGUCGCGAGAUACUUUCCUGCUCGAAGGCCACCUGUACGAGCAGCAUUAUGAACAUAGGCAACGCGGCAGUGGAGGCCCGAAAAUCAGAUAUAAUUAUGGAACACGCCAAGGACUUUCUGGAGCAGUAUUUCACCUCGAUAAAGCGUACAUCAUCUACCGCCCACGAAACACGGUGGAAACAGGUGCGCCAAAGCAUUGAGACCAGUGGACAUUAUCAGCUAACCGAAACCGAGCUAAUUUAUGGAGCCAAAUUGGCCUGGCGCAAUUCUUCACGUUGCAUUGGACGCAUACAAUGGUCAAAGUUGCAGGUCUUUGACUGUCGGUAUGUGACAACUACGAGUGGCAUGUUUGAGGCAAUUUGCAACCACAUCAAAUAUGCAACAAAUAAAGGCAACCUGAGAUCGGCAAUUACGAUAUUUCCCCAACGCACAGAUGCCAAGCAUGAUUAUCGCAUUUGGAACAGCCAAUUAAUAUCUUAUGCUGGCUAUAAGCAGGCGGACGGGAAAAUCAUUGGCGAUCCCAUGAACGUUGAGUUUACCGAGGUCUGCACCAAGCUGGGCUGGAAGAGCAAGGGCAGCGAGUGGGACAUAUUGCCACUGGUGGUCUCGGCCAAUGGUCACGAUCCGGACUACUUUGAUUACCCGCCCGAAUUGAUAUUGGAAGUGCCGCUGACCCAUCCCAAAUUCGAAUGGUUCUCGGAACUGGGACUGCGAUGGUACGCCCUGCCCGCCGUCUCCAGCAUGCUCUUCGACGUGGGCGGGAUCCAGUUUACGGCCACCACAUUCAGCGGUUGGUACAUGUCGACGGAGAUUGGCAGCCGGAAUUUAUGCGACACAAAUCGCCGCAAUAUGUUGGAGACGGUGGCGCUGAAAAUGAAUCUGGAUACCAGGACACCCACGUCCCUGUGGAAGGACAAGGCCGUCGUGGAGAUGAACAUCGCCGUGCUGCACUCGUACCAGAGUCGCAACGUGACCAUCGUGGAUCACCACACGGCCAGCGAGAGCUUCAUGAAGCACUUCGAGAACGAGUCCAAACUGAGGAACGGCUGUCCCGCUGAUUGGAUUUGGAUCGUGCCGCCUCUGUCGGGCUCCAUCACGCCGGUGUUCCACCAGGAGAUGGCCCUGUACUACCUGAAGCCCUCGUUCGAGUACCAGGAUCCCGCCUGGCGCACCCACGUCUGGAAGAAGGGCCGUGGCGAGAGCAAGGGCAAGAAGCCAAGACGUAAAUUCAAUUUUAAACAAAUCGCUAGGGCUGUGAAAUUUACAUCGAAAUUGUUUGGACGCGCCUUGUCGAAGCGCAUAAAGGCAACCGUUCUGUAUGCCACCGAAACUGGUAAAUCCGAGCAAUAUGCCAAGCAACUAUGUGAACUACUGGGACACGCAUUCAAUGCACAGAUAUAUUGCAUGUCCGACUACGAUAUAUCCUCCAUCGAACACGAGGCAUUGUUAAUUGUUGUGGCCUCCACCUUUGGCAACGGCGAUCCCCCCGAAAACGGCGAGCUAUUCUCGCAGGAGCUGUAUGCGAUGCGUGUCCAGGAGUCUGGCGAGCAUGGAUUGCAGGAUUCUAGCAUUGGCUCCUCGAAGUCCUUCAUGAAGGCCAGUUCGCGGCAGGAGUUCAUGAAGCUGCCGCUGCAACAGGUGAAGCGCAUCGACCGCUGGGACUCGCUGCGGGGCUCCACCUCGGACACCUUCACCGAGGAGACCUUCGGCCCCCUGUCCAACGUCCGGUUUGCGGUCUUCGCACUCGGCUCCUCCGCCUAUCCCAACUUCUGCGCCUUCGGCCAGUACGUGGACAACAUCCUGGGCGAGCUGGGCGGCGAGCGCCUGCUGCGGGUGGCCUACGGCGACGAGAUGUGCGGACAGGAGCAGUCAUUCCGGAAGUGGGCGCCCGAGGUGUUCAAGCUCGCUUGCGAGACCUUCUGUCUGGAUCCAGAGGAGAGUCUAUCGGACGCCUCGCUGGCCCUGCAGAACGACUCGCUGACCGUGAACACGGUGCGCCUGGUGCCCUCGGUGAGCAAGGGCUCCCUGGACAGCAGUCUGUCCAAGUACCACAACAAGAAGGUGCACAGCUGCAAGAUCAAGGCGCAGCCCCACAACCUGACCCGGUUGAGCGAGGGGGCCAAGACCACGAUGCUGCUGGAGAUCUGCGCGCCGGGCCUGGAGUACGAGCCGGGUGACCAUGUGGGCAUCUUCCCGGCAAAUCGCUCCCAACUGGUCGAUGGCCUGCUGGAUCGCCUGGUGGGCGUGGAUAAUCCCGACGAGGUGCUGCAGCUGCAGCUGCUCAAGGAGAAGCAGACCUCGAAUGGGAUCUUCAAGUGCUGGGAGCCGCACGACAAGAUACCGCCGGACACCCUGAGGAAUCUCCUGGCCCGAUUCUUCGACCUUACCACUCCGCCAUCCCGGCAGCUGCUCACCCUGCUGGCGGGAUUCUGUGAUGAUGCAGCGGACAAGGAGCGCCUCGAGUUGCUGGUCAAUGAUUCGUCGGCCUAUGAGGAUUGGAGGCACUGGAGGUUACCCCACCUGUUGGACGUCCUCGAGGAGUUCCCCUCGUGUCGCCCACCGGCGCCCCUUCUUCUGGCCCAGCUGACGCCUCUGCAGCCCCGCUUCUACUCCAUCUCCUCGUCGCCACGUCGGGUUAGUGAUGAAAUCCACCUGACGGUGGCCAUCGUGAAGUACCGCUCCGAGGAUGGACAAGGUGACGAGCGCUAUGGCGUCUGCUCCAACUAUCUAUCCGGAUUGCGGGCGGAGGACGAGCUCUUCAUGUUCGUGAGGAGCGCCCUGGGCUUCCAUUUGCCCACUGACCGGAGUCGCCCUAUCAUUCUGAUUGGACCCGGCACUGGGAUCGCUCCGUUCCGCUCCUUCUGGCAGGAGUUCCAGGUCCUUCGCGACUUGGAUCCCGUGGCCGCCUUGCCCAAGAUGUGGCUCUUCUUUGGCUGUCGCAAUCGGGAUGUGGACCUGUACGCCGAGGAGAAGGAGCAGCUGGAGAAGGAUCAGAUCCUGGACCGAGUUUUUCUGGCUUUGUCCAGAGAGCAGGAGAUUCCAAAGACAUAUGUGCAGGACCUGAUUGAACAGGAAUUCGAUUCGUUGUACCAGUUGAUUGUCCAGGAGAGGGGUCACAUCUACGUCUGCGGCGAUGUCACGAUGGCCGAGCAUGUGUACCAGACCAUCAGGAAGUGCAUUGCCGGCAAAGAGCAGAAAAGUGAGGCGGAAGUUGAGACAUUUUUGCUAACACUGCGGGACGAGAGUCGCUACCACGAGGACAUCUUUGGCAUCACGCUGCGAACGGCUGAAAUACACACAAAGUCAAGGGCCACGGCCAGGAUUCGAAUGGCCUCGCAGCCCUAAGGAACUUCGAACUAAUCAAAAUAGGAGGGUUGAUAUAUCCGGAUAAGUGAACAAUACCAAACAUUUGUUCUUUAUUUCUUCCAUACUCAAAUGCAAUUAAAUAUUGUCGCUUUGUUCAUUACUUAUUCGUACGAAUAACGUUUAAAUAAUUACAUUUUAUUAUUGAUUCUAAUGUACAAAUUAAUUCCGAAAUCAAAAUCUAAAUGUUA